GGGCCGCCGCGGAGCUGCCGCGCAGCGGGAGCGGGGAGCGGGUGAGUGGCAGGUAGGUGAAUGGGUCUUCAGAAGCAGAGUUGCUAAAAUUGACAGAAAAUGGCAUAUCGAAGAGAUGAAAUGUGGUCUGAAGGGCGAUAUGACUAUGAAAGAGUUCCAAGAGAACGUCUCCCUCCAAGGAUUCAUGGUGAUGGUGAUUACCACAGAAUAGUAAACAUUGUGCCCAAGAAACCACCACUGCUUGAGAGACCUGGGGACGGGAAUUACAGUCGCUAUGACGAUUACGGUCACGCUGAGUACAGAGACUAUAACGAGGGUCGUAGUUUUGCCCAUGACCGAAGAAGUGGCCCUGCACACCGAGGUGUACAUAAGGAUGAAUCAGGAUACAGAUGGGCAAGGGAUGAUCAUCCUACAAGACCUGAAUACAGGGACGUCAGAGAUGGCUUCAGAAGAAAAAGCUUCUAUUCUUCUCAUUAUGGGAGAGAUCGAUCCCCUCACAAGAGGGACUCUCCUUUCUUCAGGGACUCGCCCGGGAGCCGAAGGGAUUCUCCACACAGCAGAUCUGGCUCUAGUGUCAGCAGCAGGAGCUACUCUCCUGAAAGAAGUAAAGCCUAUCCUUUCCACCAGCAUAGCAGAAAUAUGUCAUCUUUACAUAAAAGAAAUGUUUCUUCUCAGCAAGGUAAAGAGAGGACAGUUCAGUCACUGAAAACAUCAAGAGAUGCAUCACCUUCAGGGUCCACAGCAGUACCUUCAUCAAAGGCCUUGGAGAAGAGCAACAGACUAUCAGAAAAGGAACUUGCAGAAGCUGCAAGCAAGUGGGCAGCGGAAAAGUCAGAGAAGGCUGAGGAGAGCAAUUUACCUGAAAUAACAGAGUAUGAUGCUGGAUCUUCAGCUCCAUUAUACAUUGAGCAAACAGAGGAAAUAGAGGCAAAUCUAACGGAUAGCACGGAAUUAUAUGAGGACAGCCAGCUUCUAGGUCGUUCAAAAGCAAUUGCAACUAAGACAAAGGAGAUUGAACAGGUCUACAGACAAGACUGUGAAACCUUUGGCAUGGUAGUGAAGAUGCUAAUUGAUAAAGAUCCAUCAUUAGAGAAGUCCAUUCAGUUUGCCCUGAGGCAGAAUUUGCAUGAAAUAGGUGAUUCUGGUUAGUGUCUGGCACCACUUUUGACCUGAUAGAACAACUUGCAGUUUGGGAACAGUGGUGGACGAAAGCCAAGAGGUUCCCAGUGAAAAAUAUUUAGGAUGUGGUGGAUUCCUGACGAAUAAAUUUAUUAAGGUACUGUUUUUUUAUGAACAUUUUAGGAAAGUGAUAAUUUGAGUCAUAAUCACAAAGAGGUAAGUAUAAGCAUGAUUGUUUUGUAUACAUUUGCAUUUAGAACGUGUGAAAUUCUGUAAAAGAACUAAUAACCAAACUCACUAUUUCCAGAUUUCAUCAGAAUGGUGUGCAGAAGCACAAAGUAGCAAUGAUUUGGCAUGUACAAGGUACUGUAUGUAUCACAGCAUCUUACACAUGCAGAUCUUGAUAUGGUAUAUUAAAUAUGUAUUGCAUCAGAUUCCUGAUGCCUGGUUAGUUCUCAUGUCAUUAAGGGGAGGUUUUGCAGUUGGCUUUUCUUAUUUUCUAAGAGUUCACAUUGCUCCAAGGAGAUCCCUUGUUAGCAUCUGGGAUUGUGUGGGCUGCACAGUGAGUGGGAAUCAGCUCAUUGAUCCUACAGGAUGCUAAUCUGGGGAGGGAGAGAGGAGAAGACAGGCAAGCUAUGGUGACAUAGUAGUGAGACCUGAUCCACUCCUUCUGGCAACAACCUGGAUUACUAAGAUCAGUCAAAGUCUUCUCUGAUGCAGAAGCAUAACUACAGCACUUCACUACUUGCCUACAGGACUGAGAGCCUUCAGGAUGUUACAUCUGAGUUUCUACUUUGGGUUAGAAAUGCUCAUGGAAAAAAUAAUAAAAUUUUGUGUAAUGUAUUUUUAUUAAAAAUUUCCAUUGUUACUGUACAGUUUGUUAGGAGAUUCCUUUGUAAGAAGCCUGAUUAAGUUUACUAUUAUAAAUGUAUCCAAGUUUUCAAGUGCUUUUCUGUAAAGUAAAGUCUAAGUUUACACUCACAGAAUCAUAGAAUAUCUCAAGUUGGAAGGGACCUGUAGUGUUGGUUAAGUCCAAUUCCCUGCUUCUCACUGAACCACUAGGAGCAUUGUCCAGAUGCUCCUUGAACUCUGGGAGGCUUGAGGCUGUACCACUUCCCUGAAGAGCCUGUUCCAGUGACUAACCAUCCUCUCGUGUCCAAUCUUAACUUCCCCUGAUGCAGAUGCAUUCCAUUUCCUUGAGUCCUGUCACUGGGCACCAGAGAGAAUUCAUUGCCUGCCCCUCUGCUGCCCACCUUGAGGAACCUAUAGAAUGCAGUGAGGUCACCCCUCAGUCUCAUCCAUUCUCCUCCUUUCACCACCUUGAUCACCCUACUCUGGGCACACAAAUAGAUUUAUAGCCUUAUAUUGGGACACCCAAAACUUCCCCAGCACUCAAGGUGAGGCUGCCCCAGUGUAGAGCAGAGCAGGACGAUCGCCCGGCUGGCGAUGUGCCCGAUGCCUCCCAGGACAGGGUUGGCCCUCCUGGCUGCCAGGGCACUGCUGAUUUAAGUAUAAUUUGCCAUGAGCUGGGACCCCCAAUCUAUUUCUGCAGGACUGCUAUCCAACUCCUCAUUCCCCAAGUUUUAAGGAUAAUCAGGACUGUCCUGUCCCAGGUGGCAAAUGUGGCACUUGCCCUUGUUAAACUUCAUGCAGCUGGUCAUUGCCUCCCAGCUCCUUAGUCUGUUCAGAUCUCUCUGCAAGACUUCUCUACUCUUGAGGGAGUCCACAGGUCCUCUGAAUUUAGUAUCAUCAGCAAAGUCACUCAAUGGACGUUCGACUUGUCUAUCUCCAUUAAAGAGCACUGGCCCUAAAAGUAAGCCCUGUGGAGUACCACUUGUGACCAGUUGCCAGCCUGAGGUAACCCCAUUCACUAUACCUAAUCAUUUGCUUAAUCUGACUUUUUUUUAAAUUGAUUAAACUUUACUUGUUCACAGUUUACUUGUGAACUAGGGAGUAUUUUGAGUUUUUUAUAAGUGCUAUUUCUGUGAAAGGUUUAAUUCACAUUUCUAAGUGAUAAGUAACUGAUUUUCCAUCUAAUACUUGGCAUUGUGUUGAAUGUUUGCAUUUCACCGUUUGUGAUGUUUGCUUUCAGUUGAUAUAAGU